UCGGGGGGCCCGUGUAUUUCCAGACAUUACUUCCUUGAAAGAAGCCAUUUUUUUCUUAUUCCAGGAUGUUACCAGUGGACAGCAGACUUGUAAAUUUACAGAUCUACAGACUUCUUCAGUGUGUUCACCAAAAAGACAAGAAGCAAAUAGAAAAACUGGUCCAGAAUGGAUUUCCAAACCUUAUUAAUUUCACCGAGCCUGUGGAAGGAUAUAGUGCCCUUCAUUUGGCCUGCAUGAAAAAUGACACUGACAUGUGCAGCUUCUUGCUGGAACAGGGAGCUCAUCCAGAUGUCCAGGACAAAAUGGGACGUACUCCAGCAAUGAAAGCAGCUGAGCUAGGCCAUGAGUUGGUUUUGGAAUUAUUAGCAAAAGCUAAAGCAGACAUGACUGCUGUGGAUAAUGAAGGGAAAGGUGUUUUGUUUUACUGCAUUUUACCUACAAAGCGUCACUACCACUGCACACAAAUUGCCUUGGAUUAUGGUGCAGAUGUUAACAACUGUACUACUAGGGGGAAGCCUUUACUUCUACAAGCCUGUGAGCAAGCUCAUGAUAUCCAAGAAAUAUGUCUGAAUUUUUUGGAAAGAGGAGUAAAUCCCGAUGCAAGGAACCCAGCUACAGGUCGCACAGCCUUGAUGGAAGCCGCAAGAGAAGGUGUUCUCGAGGUGGUGCGUGGUCUGCUUGAGAGAGGAGUUGAUGUCAACCUGUUUGACCUUGAAAGACACAGCGCUGCACAUUUUGCAGCCAAAGGUGGCUUUUUUGAGAUUUUGAGGAUUAUUUCAUCUUAUAAUGGAGACUUGGGCCUGAUUGCUAUGAACGGUAACACGCCACUUCAUUAUGCUGCAGAGGGAGGAUUUGCAAUUUGCUGCAAGUUUAUAGGACAAAGAGGCUGUGAUCCUACAUGGAAAAACCUGUUGACAAAGACUCCAAGAGCUGUUGCCAAGGAAGGUGGUUUUAAAGCAGCAGCAAAAGAACUGCGUAAAAUUGAACGCACUUUUAAAAAACAGUCCAAGCCUGGGGCUGAGGAGCUCAACCCCCGCUGGGCACUGAGGCUCUAUGACUGGUCCUUAGAGCACCAGGCUGCCCUCUACAAGGCGUUUGAGGCAGUUGACCAAGGAGAUGGAACAGUAGCUAAAGAUGAUUUUAUAUCAGUUAUUCAGCAGCAUUGUGCGUUUGUGGAUGCUGAACAAAUCAAAAGCAUUGCUGAAAUGCAUGAAGGAGAACUGGGAAUCAAGAUAGAAGAAUUCUUUAAAGGCUCUAAAUACUUGCAGAAAAGCUAUCUUAUAACGGCCUUUGGACCCAAAAAGAAGGGCAAGAAAGGGAAGAAACGAAGAGGCAAAAAAGGUGUCCCAGUCCCUGUGCCGAUUUGUGUUAUUCCAGAGAACGAGUUUCCACAUGGGGAAGAUGGCUUCCCUGCCUACAUGAUUGAGGCUAUUCAGGACAUGGCUGAUACCCACCAUCAUAUCCGAGACCACCCAUCUGCCCAUCCUGUGCAUGAUGACCGUGCCUGGUAUAUAGAUGAGCCAAGGAAAAUGUACAUGAACAUUAACUACCUCGUCAAAGCAGGAGACAUUCUGUCUCUACAGAAAGCAUUUGAGGAGGGUGUGCCAGUAGACAUAAAAGAUAAAUAUUACAAAACACCUUUGAUGACUGCAUGUGCCAGUGGGAACACAGACAUUGUGCAGUACCUUCUGGAAAAGGGGGCUGAUAUAAACACAACAGACAAUUUCAUGUGGACUCCCCUCCACCACGCUUGCUACCAUGGGCACCUAGGUAUUGCUGAGCUGCUGGUGAAGGCUGGAGCAGCAGUGGAUGCACCUGCAAUAGGGAAUGCAACCCCCCUAAUGAGAGCCAUCGAGAGCUGCAGGCUGGAUUUAGUUUACUUUUUGAUCAAGGCAGGUGCUGACAUCGAAGCUACAAACAGCAAUGGAAAGAAUGCUCUUGAUAUUGCUCAAGCAUUUGCAGAUUCUAGAAUAAUUGAUCUACUCCAAAGUGAAAUGGAAAAUUUGCCAGAAGUGGCAGAAAGAAAAGAAGCAAAGAAAGAAAAAGUUGAGAAGCCAGUGUCACCUGCAGAACUACAAGCUGCGAAAAGUGAGAUGUCUUGGGCAGCCAUAGAAGAACCCAUACUUGAAGGGUCACCGCGUUCUCCUAAGGACAGUGUUAUUUAUCUGAAUGCUUUGAUAACCAGUGGUGCUACUAAAACAGAAGACAUCUCAUUCAAACCCAGAAAGAUUUGGACCCCUGAUGAGGCAACACUGGAGCUAGUAAGAAAGCAAGAAUUGCUCCGUGAACGCUUUGAACUGGGUGGCCAUUCAGAAAGCUCCACAAACCCUUUUAAUAGAACCUUUACAGAAUAUGCCAGCUAGAAAAAGCUACUUCAGCAUGUAUUUUGAGGGGAAAACUCUAAAAGGCUGCUCCUUGGUAAGGAAGCAAUCAUGCAGUGCUCAGUAAAUGUAUCUCAGUUAUGGUUAAAAAAUGUAGCAAGUUUUUCCUCUGUAGAUUAUGUUGCUUACACACAAUCUUUUGUUAAGGGCUUAGUCUGGGAAAAGGUUUAUCCUCAUGUGAUUCCAAUCUCUGGAGCUGGCUCAAUGUAGUUCAUGGAGUGGCCACUGUUGUGACACACAUGUCCUUCUUCUUCGUAAAGGUAUGGCUUUAUGAGGCUAUUUUUCACCCCAACAUAAAGUUUUUUCCUGGAAUAUGCAAGUGGCACCCUUUCUACUAAAAAGGUUAUUAAAUAUAAUGAUAUGAAGAUGCUUCUUAUUAGCAUGAAGAAAAAGUGCUGAAAAUUCAUUAUAGAAAGUAGCCAAAAUUUGUGUGGUAGGAUCAGGCCAAACCAGCCUGUGUUCUGCAGAAAGACUCACCGCCCCUUAAAUUCUGUUGAUUAUCUCUGCAAAAUGGUUG